AUGUCGGGCCAGCAACCACCAUCGGAGCAUUUUCUUUCUCUGUGUGUUGAGAAUUUGGAGUCCGGUAUGGAUGAGAACUUUAUGAGGUCAUGUUUCUUUGAGCACAUCAAACGUGGAAAACUUGUUUACCUUAGAUCGAUAAAUAACCAAACAACUGGCGAUUAUGGUUUGCUUGAGUUCAAAACUCACGCCAUAGCAGACUAUGUUUUACGUAGCUACAAUGGCAGGGUCAUAUCAAGAACCUCGUAUCAAUACCAAUUGAAUUGGGCCACUGAUGAAUCUUCCAUUUUUGUUGGGAGCUUGGGUAAUACAGUGACAUGUUACAUCCUUAGAGACAAUUUCCUAAAGGAUUACACAUCAGUGAAGGGUGCUAACGUUGUCAUUGAUAAGGUCACUGGACAGACCAAGCAUUAUGGUUUUGUUAGGUUUGGGGAUCAAGAGGAACAGAAGCAUGCUAUGUCCCAUAUGAACCAUACCUCUUGUGCAAACGGUCGCAUGGUGAUUCAGCCUGCUAAAUCAAAGAAAGGAAAGAAAGAGAGGUCCAUUUAA